UGUGUCUGAUUACUGCUCAGUCUGAGAGUAUAAAAACCACCGGACACACUCAGACUGUCUACUCUGAUCAAUCAGAAUGAAAGUGGCUCUUGUCCUGCUGUUUGCUGCCUACGCUUACGGGUGCGGUACUCCCACCUAUAAGCCAAUCGUGUCACGAGUUGUGAACGGAGAAGAUGUUCAACCCUACAGCUGGCCCUGGCAGAUCUCUCUGCAAUACCUGAGUGGCUCCACCUACCGUCACACCUGUGGAGGAACUCUGCUCGCUCCCAACUGGGUCAUGACUGCUGGACACUGCAUUGGAUCCCGUACAUACCGCGUGGUGAUGGGGGAGUUCGACCUCACCAAAGAAGAGGGCUAUGAGCAGAUCAGGAGUGUGGAGAAGAUCAUCGUACACCCCCGCUGGGAUGAUAACUGCCUGUCCUGUGGAAAUGACAUAGCCAUGAUCAAACUGGCCUCGCCUGCUGUUGUGAAUGAUAAGGUGCAGCUUCCGUGUCUCCCUGAGAGCGGAGAGAUCGCUCCUGAUAAUAUGCCCUGCAUGAUCACUGGCUGGGGGAGACUCUACAGUGGGGGUCCCAUCGCCUCUAAGCUCCAGCAGGCUCUCCUUCCUGUGAUCGGCCACAGUGUCUGCAGCGGCAGUGACUGGUGGGGGAGCUACGUUAAACCCACCAUGAUCUGUGCUGGUGGUUACAUCUACUCCGGCUGCCAUGGGGAUUCAGGAGGUCCCCUGAACUGCAAGCGGGGUGAUGGCAAGUGGUACGUGGAGGGGGUGACCAGCUUCGUCUCCUCCCAAGGAUGCAAUACCAUUUUGAAGCCAACAGUGUUCACUCGCACCUCCUCCUUCACCCAGUGGAUCAGCGACACUAUGCUGCAGUACUGAGGACAUCUCGGAUGCCAAUAAACAUAUUGAAUCAGCCA